CUGGCUGCGCACGUGGGGAGAGUACUACUUGCGGCUGUAGUACCACGCGCGCUCAGCCUUGCUUUAUGACUACUUUUGUACUGUUGUGUCUCGAGCCCAAUGCUGCCAGCUUUGGCGCGUUUGAGUCAUUUUUCUGAGCCAUCGCGCGGAAGAAGAAACAUUUUAUAAGCCAAAAGACCUGCUGAGAAUGAGUCCCGCAUAACUUCGGGUAUUGUUAUCUACCCCCUCCUUUCUUUCAUUUUCCCCUGUCCUGCGCUCUCCAAGUUGAGUCAUUGUACACAAGUAUGGUAGAUAAAGGCCCCUUGUUGACUUCUGCCAUUAUUUUUUACCUGUCCAUUGGGGCAGCAAUUUUUCAAGUCCUGGAGGAGCCAAAUUGGAAGCUGGUUGCAAAGCAGUAUAGUGCCAAGAAGGAUAAAAUACUUGAGGCGUAUCCCUGUCUGACGAAAGAUGAUUUGGACAGAAUAUUAGAGGUGGUGUCUGAUGCUGCAGGCCAAGGGAUCACCAUAACUGGCAGUAAGACCUUCAACAACUGGAACUGGCCAAAUGCUGUUAUCUUCGCUGCCACAGUUAUCACUACUAUCGGAUAUGGGAACAUUGCCCCCAAAACGUCAGCAGGCCGUGUAUUUUGCAUCUUCUAUGGGCUGUUUGGUGUGCCUUUGUGUCUUACCUGGAUCAGUGAGCUAGGAAAGUUCUUCGGUGGCAGAGCCAAGCACCUGGGCCAGUAUCUAACCAAGAAAGGAUUUUCACUGAGAAAGGCUCAAUUUACCUGCACAGCCAUUUUUCUCCUCUGGGGUGUGCUGGUCCAUUUAGUACUUCCACCUUUUGUAUUUAUGUCACAGGAGGGUUGGACAUACAUCGAAGGCUUGUACUUCUCAUUUGUCACUUUGACCACAAUUGGCUUUGGGGACUUGGUAGCAGGUGUGGAACCAAAUAAAGAAUACCCAACUCUGUACCGUUAUUUCGUGGAAGUGUGGAUUUAUCUGGGGUUGGCCUGGCUUUCUUUGUUCUUCAACUGGAAAGUCCGGAUGGUGAUUGAAGCUCACAAGGCACUGAAGAAACGCCGCAAGCUGCGCAAGCUAUCUCUCGAUGAACUCCGGCACUACAAAGAGUCUCACAAGGCUGCCCUUCGUUUGCCACCCACUCCUAAUGACGUUAACAUCUUCAGCUUCCUGUCCAAGAAGCAGGAAGGCUACAAUGACUUGAUAAAGCAGAUUGGCACCAAAAGAGAUGACAGAAAAACUGGCAGCUCUGGCAACACCGUUAAUAAAUCUAAAGAGAUUGGUCGAUCCAAGAGUUGCAAUGAUGCACCCAUGUUUAAUACGCACACUAUCCUUAGUCUGGACCGUUCACCACGCCAAAAGAGACGCUAUAGUUUCAGUGACCGCGUCACUGUUGCUUUUUCGAAGUCCAAGAACUAUCUCCUGGGCUCAGACAAUGGUUUGCUGCUAACAGAAGAUCAUGUAGAGGGUGACCUAGAACUAGAUCAGGACCAAAUGUAUGAGAACCAACUUGACAAGGACGUCGACCUCGAGAACCGAGGCAUGAGAGAAUGUGGAACGGGUGGUCGAAGGACAUGGGACUCUAAAGAGUACCAUCCCCUAACAUUCCAAAAUGCAAACAUUACUUUUAUUGAUGAGGAAAACUUUCUCAGCAACAACUUGGAGGAGGAGGAUGACUACGACGAUGAUGAUUCUAAAGCAAAACUAUCUAUUACUACAUGUGAUGAAAACAUUGAAACAAACUCCAAGGAGGAGCAGAGUUCUGAAUCUGAAGGGUCUGUGUUCACUAGUGAUGGUUCAGAACAAAGCCACUCCUAUGAGAAACUUGUAGAGGAAUAUGCAAAGGAAGAAAAUACAGAAUCAUGAGAUAUUAACAUAGUUCCUAACUAUUAAGUCAAUACAGUCAACACAUCUUCCUGGUCAUCUGUUGUUGACUUGGUUGGCAAUGAAGUAUAUGUAUUCUAAUGUGAACUAUUUCAAAUGAUAUCAAAUCUUCCAUUGCACUUUGGGGGUCUGAUAAUGAGACUGCAAAGCCAAGAGGAAAUUUCAAAUCCAUGUUUUCUUGAAAAUACACAUAAUUUUGACUACUUUUAAAAGUUGAGCUUCCUGUAAACUCUUGAAAAAAUGAUGUCCAACAUCUUAAUGAAUAUGGACUACAGAGCAUGACGGGUAACCUCGUGAGUAUUUAACAUCUGGUCUAUUUGUCUUUUACACGGUUUGAAAAACGAUAUGCAACACAUUUUAUUGCAAUGUUUAAACCAAGAACUAUUUUCGAUGAGUACUUUUUUCAACUCAUAGGCUGAUAAGAAAUUAUAAGUGGAAAUGUAUUUGAUUUCCCAUAGUUUCUUCUAUGCAUAUUCACCAUAUUGGUGUUUUAAUAGUAUUUAUUAAAAUGAAGG